AUGAAUUCCGGGUGGUUAGCUUGGGAGUGUAUAGUGUUCGGUAUAUUCGUGUGUGCAUCAUCCUGUGCUCCUCUGUGGAGGAGGAGGAAGGAUGCAGCAGCUGGUGGCAGUGCCAAGCAAGCGUAUAUCUUCGCUGGAGGCGGUGUCUCUACCCUGGCUAUGAUAUUAUCGGUGGCUAGAGGGACGCUCGGAGUGAGAUCGUUUUUAGGGUUUCCAUCUGAGUUGGUCUACUAUGGCUCUGCGAUGUGGGAAACAUUAUACGGCAUUAUCCUUGCCUUUCCCAUCGUCUGCUGGGUCUUCGUACCGGUCUACUAUAGGCUACAUACCAACUCCGUGUAUGAAUAUUUACAAAUGCGAUUCGGCUCCCGAUGGGUACGACGUAUGGCAGCUGCAACCUUCCUUCUUCGACAAGUCCUAAAUCUAUCAGUGACAGUAUACACUCCUACUGUGGCUCUUCACGCUGUACUGGCACUACCGCAUUGGGCAUCAGCUGCUGCAUUGACUAUUGUGGGCAUUGUGUUCAACUUGCUUGGAGGAUUGGCUGCUGCUAUCAGAGCUGACGUGAUUCAAACUUUGACAAUGAUACUGGUGAGCGGUGCCUUCAUCAUUCAGGCGACAAUCACAGCUGGAGGUCCACAACAAGUGGUCAGCGACAAUAUCGAGGGAGGAAGACUGAAGUUUUUCCAGUUCACAGGCGACCCAACCGUCCGUGUCGACACGCUCUCAGCAAUCAUUGGCCAGCUCUUCAUGUCAGUGUCCAUCUACGGCUGCCAACAAACCUUCGUCCAGCGCUACUGUUCCAUGUCCAGUGAAGCAAGAGUCAGAAAAACCCUUUUCGCCAACGUCCCAGCUGUAGCUAUCCUCUUCAGUCUCUCCUGGGUCGUUGGCAUGACUUUGUAUGCUAUGUACAAGUACUGUGAUCCUCUUUCGUCUGGAAAGAUCGCAGCUCCUGAUGAAGUUUUGCCUUUUUACGUCCAAGACCAGUUUGGUUUCUUACCUGGAAUGCUUGGAUUGUUUUUGGGCAGUCUGUUUAAUGGCGCAUUGAGUUUCCUGGUAUCAAACGUGAACUCUCUAUCGACGGUGACUUGGGAAGAUUUUGUGUCCUUCGCACCCGCUUUCAAGGGCAUCAGUGAUAAACAACAGCUGACUGUUAUCAAAAUCAUUGGAGUUAUUUAUGCUCUCAUCAUCAUGUGCCUAUCUCUUUGCGUCGGUAUUGUGGGAGGAGUCGUGGAAGGAUCACAGCUCGUCACAUCAGCUACCUCAGGAGCCUUACUAGGAGUGUUUAUAUUAGCGGCACUCUGUCCUGUUGCCAAUGGGAAAGGAGCUUUAUGGGGCAUGAUUGGAUCCCAUAUAGUAACUACUUGGAUGGCAGCUUGCAGGCUUUUAUAUGUCGAUAAAGGAGUCGCCAUGUUGCCUAUGUCUACUGAGCAAUGUCCCAAUGCAACUCUAUCGACACUGAGCCACCAAGCUUUGCCAGUUGAGGUGAACGUAACUCUAGCACAUCUUGCACCACUACUGCAGUCUAUCAACAUGACUCAUCCUAUGCCCACUGAAUCUCCUAUAUUAACUGGGUUGCAAAAAUUCUACUCCAUAUCCUACAUGUGGUACGCAGUCAUUGGUACCUUAAUCUGUGUAACACUAGGCAACAUUAUCGGCCUGCUAACAGGAAGCGAAAAUGACACCUUUGAUGAACGUCUACUACACCCAGUGGUAGCACAAAUAGCGAAAAAGCUUCCAGGACCUAAGAGGUUUUACAGCACAGAGAAACCAGCAAUUCCCGAUGAAAAAGAAGGAGAAAAGGACUCUUCUGAGAAGACAGAAGAAACAGUAACUGAUAUGACACCAAAUGACCCAGUAGAUCAGAAACCAGGAGUUUUUGUGACCACUGGAAGUCGAUUAUUUGAUGUCUACGAUGUAAGAAGGUCUCCUACACCAUCACUAGUAAGAACACGAUUGUGAUUCCUGCCAUUAGAUUUAAAAGGUCCUAUUUCAAAAGCAUGUGCGUGCCAUUUUAGUGUUAAAAUGGAUUGUUCGAGUGUGGCAAUAACGGUGAUUUUUGCAGUUCUUUAGACGCUUUUGUACGUUUGUGAUGUAGAAGAGUGAUAUUUAUUUUCAAUUGAUAGAACACUGUCAGUCAGUCAGUCACCUUUUAGUUAUAUAGAGGUAUAUAUUUAAAAUGAGGCUUAUAAAAUCGUGUUUGAUUAUAACUUAGCAAAUAUUUUUAAAAUGCAAAUUCUAGAAGAUUAGAAUGUCUUUGACAAUGCCAGUUGCUUUAUUGAAUUUUAUGUCCGAAGCUAAUAUAAAUUACGUAAGGAUUAUGAAUUUGUGAAAGGCUCAGUCUAGACUCUUAGGCCUUAGAUUUGUUUUUGGUCAAUGAUGUUCUCAAAUCGAAUUUAAUAAAUUAUUAAUCAUGGUACUAAAAUAUGGAUCAACACGAUGAUACAGGAUGUAGGCGUUAGGCAUUUAAUAGUAUAAGUAGAAGAUCAAAAUAACUAUCAAAUUAUAAUUUAAAAAUCAAUUAUUCUUGUGAAAUUUAUUAUAUAUAUACAUGUGUAUGUAUAUAUAUAUUUAUUUAAUAUUGUAAAAUGAUUUCUCGUGCCUUGUAUCUUGCCUUUACAUAUAUAAUAUUUUAUAUAUUAGAGACUUCAUUCUCCACUUAAUUAUAUCUCAAUCAUUACUAAAACUUAGUAAAUAUUAAUGUAAAUAUAAUAUAAUGAUUACUAUUAUAAUAAAUAAGACACUCCGACAUGUCAAUUAAUCGAUUAUAAUCGAAAGAUGCGCGAGAGAAUGUGUGGUAAAUCGAAUUUUAUAUCCAUGUGAUAAUAGCAUAUAAUGUAAAUAUAAUUAUUAUAAGUUAUAUUAUUAGUAAUCAUAAUUAUUAUAAAUUAGAAUUAAUAUAUGAGUGGUUAAAUUAAUCACUCUGUUAUUUUAGAUAUAAUUGUUGAUUUCUAAUUUUAGAUCCGUCACUAAGGAAAAUGUUAUGUUUUUUUUUAUAUAAGUGUGCAAUGUAAGUAAUCGU